CAGCCAGCAGCUCCGCAGUGCUCGGCUCAGCGCCACUCGGGAAAGGCACCUCCUCCUCCCCCCGCCGCCGUGUCACCACUCACUGCACAGCCUCGGGGGGUGGGGACCCCGGGCUGGACACUCCCCACUGUGCUCCAGAGCUCAGCCAGCCGGACAGACGUUUGGUCGGACACAAGGCCCUGGAGCCCAAGGUGGGCAACGCGCCAGGGCCCCUUGCAGCUCCUCGAGCCCCGUCCAGACCAUGGGCAUCAAGACCGCACUGCCCGCGGCCGAGCUGGGCAUCUACUCCCUGGUGCUGAGCGGGGCCCUAGCCUUCGCCGCCCAGGGCCUCCUGGAGGCGUCGCAAGACGGGGCCCGCAGGAGAGCCUUCCGGGAGUCCGCGCGACCUGGCUGGGAGUACAUCGGCCGGAAGAUGGACGCGGCUGACUUCGAGUGGGUGAUGUGGUUCAGCUCCUUCCGCAAUGUCAUUCUCUUUGCCCUCUGCGGACACGUGCUCUUUGCCAAGCUGUGCACCAUGGUUGCUCCCCAGCUGCGCUCCUGGAUGUACGCGGUGUACGGCCUCCUGGCCGUGGUGGGCACCAUGGGCCCCUGGUACCUGCUGCUGCUGCUCGGCCACUGCGCGGGCCUGUAUGUCGUGUCCCUCCUGGGCCAGCCCUGGCUCUGCAUCGGCCUCGGCCUGGCCAGCCUGGCCUCCUUCAAGGUGGAGCCCCUCGUCUCCUGGCAGAGCGGGUUUGUAACGCGCACCUUUGAUCUCCAAGAGGUGCUGUUCCAGGCGGGCAGCGGCUUCACGGUGCUUCGCUGCACCAGCUUCGCGCUGGAGAGCUGCACGCACCCCUGCCGCCGCUACUCGCUGGCCGACCUGCUCAAGUACAACUUCUACCUGCCCUUCUUCUUCUUCGGGCCCGUCAUGACCUUCGACUGCUUCCACGAGCAGGUGAUCCAGGCAGAGCCCGUGCGGCCCGAGGGUGAGCUGUGGCGGAUCCGGGUGCAGGCGGGGCUCAGCGUGGCCACCAUUGUGGCCGUCGACAUCUUCUUCCAUUUCUUCUACAUCCUCACCAUCCCCGGUGACCUCAAGUUUGCCAACCGCCUCCCGGACAGUGCCCUGGCCGGCCUGGCCUACUCGAACCUGGUGUACGACUGGGUGAAGGCAGCCGUCCUCUUCGGCGUCGUCAACACCGUGGCGCGGCUGGAUCACCUGGACCCGCCGCGGGCACCUAAGUGCAUCACCGCGCUCUACGUCUUCGGGGAGACGCACUUCGACCGGGGCAUCAACGACUGGCUGUGCAAGUACGUGUAUGACCACAUUGGUGGGGACCACUCGGCCGUGAUCCCCGAGCUGGUGGCCUCGGUGGCCACGUUUGCUGUCACCACGCUGUGGCUCGGGCCCUGUGACAUUGUCUUCCUGUGGUCUGUCCUCAACUGCUUCGGCCUCAACUUUGAGCUCUGGGUCCAGAAGCUGGCAGAGCACAGGCCACUGGCGCAGAUGGAGGCCUCCCUGUCGGAGCAGAUGAGCCGCCGGGUGCGCGCCCUCUUCGGGGCCAUGAACUUCUGGGCGAUCAUCAUGUACAACCUCGUGAGCCUGAACAGCCUUGAGUUCACAGAGCUGGUGGCCCGGCGCCUGCUCCUCACAGGGUUCCCCCAGACCACACUGGCCGUCCUGCUUGUCACCUACUGUGGCGUCCAGCUGGUGAAGGAGCGGGAGCGCACCCUGGCCCUGGAGGAGGAGCCAGAGCCGGGGCAGGGCAAGGAGAAGCCGGAGUAGCACGGCGGGCGCCCACUGAGAAUAAAGCUUUUCUACCCC